AUGUCGUCCUCGGAUCUCGAUGCAUUCAUGGAUGCCAUACGGGACCAAUACAAGAGUUUGGACACCCUUGGUCUUGACCUAACCACCUGUCACUACGUGCAAGACCAGCGUGUAUCUGAUCGCAUUGCGACGCUUGGCGACUUGCCCAAUCUGGAGCAGCUAUGGAUCACUACAUGCAGCUUCGCCGAUGACGAGGAAGAUAACAUCGAUAACAGUGAGAGUCAGGGCCACAACAGUAAUGAGAGCGACACAGAUGGCAGUAACUUGGCAGAACAUGAGGUCUUCGAGACCUUUCUCCCAAGUCUUCCUGAUCUGCUGGAUAUGGCCCAACGCAUCAAGAUGGGAGGUCUGAGAAAUCUGCGGGAGAUUGGUCUGAGCAGGGGACAGUGGGACGAUGAGCUUGAGGAGGCGUUCGCGGACUACGUCCCGGUGCGAACGACAGUUGACCCACGCCCUGCCAUGUGGUAG